AUGUCUGCCAUGGCACUUCCUCCCGUGGCAUGGGCCAAUGUGGCCGCUGCACCUAGCACCUCGGCCACUUCCGCGCCGUCACGACCGGCGAGGACCAUGAGUCGCUGCCAGGGACGCACAGCAUUGCUCACGGCGGCUGCGCUGCAGGUUGCCCACAGCAGAUGCUGCGCUUGCCGAUCAAGACAAAGGGCUUGUCUUCGGGCGCCCCAGGUGGUCCAGAUGCGCAGCGGCGAUGCAGCGACACCAGCGGCGAGCUGGUGCCGGGGCUGCUCUGCUUUGGAGGAUGCCGAUGCUGCAGUGGCAGAGGUACUGGCCGAAUGGCGCAGCGCCUUUGGGAAGGACAGCGUGUCCCAGACGAACCAUGACACGGUCCCUGCAGCAAGCGAACCGCCUGUGCCGUUCGAUAUGGUCGACAAAGUCUGGCACGACUGGCGGGCUGGCAAUUUCGGCGCAAAGUCGCUGGCGCAGGCAGUCGAGUCUUUUGGAGAUGCGCGGCUGCGGGAGGCCUUUGAGCUCUUCCCCGACAAAG